AUGGUCAGUUUUGACGUGGCAUCUUUAUUCACUAACGUACCGGUAGCGGAAACUAUUGAUAUAAUAAAACAACACCUUAUUGUUAACAACUUACCUACUGAGUACAUAAGUCUGAUUGAAUUUUGCCUCAAGAGUGGCUAUUUCCUCUGGCGAGGGGAUUUUUAUCUGCAAGUGGAUGGAGUGGCGAUGGGCUCGCCAAUAGCGCCGGUGGUGGCCAACAUAUUUAUGGAACAUUUCGAGAAGGAAGCGUUGAACAGUGCGCCAGUCAAACCUAGAUACUGGCUGAGAUACGUAGACGAUGUGUUUGCUAUAGUUUCCAGACGAGGCAUAGGGCAGCUACUGGAUCACUUGAACGAAAUACAUCCUAGGAUACGCUUUACGACGGAGGAGGAAAAAGAUGGAACCCUCCCAUUCCUAGAUGUAUUAGUGAAGCGUGAAUCGAGUGGAUGUCUAGUGCACACGGUGUACAGGAAACCGACGCACACCGAUCGGUACCUAAAGGCGGAUUCCCAUCAUCAUCCGUCUCACCUAUCGUCCGUGCCACGCACUCUCAUCAAUCGUGCACUUCGCUUAUGCGAUCCUCAGUUCGUAGAGUCGGAACUGACGCAUGUGAGACGAGUUCUUGAGGACAAUGGCUAUAAAUGGAGACAAAGCCUUAGGCUAGCAAACACGACCAGUAAGACACGGCCUCAGGUUGUGGAGCGAGUCCCGGCAUAUCUACCGUAUAUGCGGAGGGUGACGGAUAAGAUUGGACACUUGUUACGCCGCAAGUAUAGUAUCAAGACAAUUUUCCGGCCCCUUACGCAGAUAAGGAGAGUUUUACGUUCGCCGAAAGAUCGUACCCCCUUAGAUGGCCCAGGCGUCUACGAAAUUCCAUGCGAUUGCGGCAAAAGUUACAUUGGGGAAACGGGGCGCAACAUUAACACCAGGCUCUCAGAGCACAUUCGUUGCAUGCGCAAACUCGAUAGCAACACGUCAGCGGUUGCGGAACACGCCCUUACCUCCAACUCUCAUUACAUUAGGUUCGAUCGAGUGAAAGUCUUGGCUCGUGACAAGGACUUUGUGUCACGUAAGUUACUCGAAGCCAUUGAAAUCGGACGUCGACCUAAUUUUAACAGAGAUAAGGGUUGGUCUCUGUCUCCGGCGUGGGAACCCGUGUUGCUGAGAUCGAAGCAGAAGAACAACGAAGAUGGUGUUGAAUACGUGUCGGACAUCGUCAGUACGUUUUGCGCCCCGUUUAAUGUUAACAACAACAGUGACUCAUCAAUUUUGAACUCGUCGACAUCGCCGUCGCCGACGCACGCAACGGCCACUGCGCCCCCCGCGCCCGCCGCCCCCUCGAGCCGCGCGCUACGCGCUAUGGCCCGCAAUAAGACGUAG